CUUCAAAGUGGGACUCCAUGCAAUGUCCCCCUGCCUCCCCUGGGGCCAAGGAUGGCAGCUUGUACAGGCCUCCGAGCUCCUGUGAGGGGCCAUAGCCGGCUCUCCUGUGAGCACUACAAAACGAUUUAUACGGAUUGGGCCAACCAUUAUCUGGCCAAGUCGGGCCACAAGCGCCUGAUCAAGGACCUGCAGCAGGAUGUUACCGAUGGAGUGUUGCUGGCGGAGAUCAUACAGGUUGUAGCCAAUGAGAAGAUUGAAGAUAUCAAUGGGUGUCCUAAAAGUCAGUCUCAGAUGAUUGAGAACAUUGAUGCCUGCCUCAGCUUCCUGGCAGCCAAAGGCGUCAAUAUCCAGGGCCUGUCUGCAGAAGAGAUACGGAAUGGCAACCUGAAGGCCAUCCUGGGGCUCUUCUUCAGCCUGUCCCGCUAUAAGCAGCAGCAGUCCCAGAAACAAGCUUCCCACCAUCAUCACCACCACCAGCCCCUGUCCCACCAGAGCAGCACCCUUGGCCAGCAGUCCCCCACCCCAGCUGGGAACCCCACCAGCAUGCACGGCCAGCUGCUUGCCCCUUCAGCACACACUCAGAAAGCACAAGCAGAGAUGCAGUCCAGGCUCCCAGGCCCCACCACGAAGAUGUCAGCUGCAGGCAGCGAGGGCAAGCCCCGUGUGUCAGCUAGUGCCGGCAACAGGCGCAGCCUGAGCUUCAACAACUUUGACAAGUCCAGGUCCUCCUCUCGGCCGUCCAGCAGCCAUGAGAAAGAGCCACCUGAGAUUAUCAGCACGCAACCUCCUGGGAUGAGUGAGCAUGCCCCAUCCUCAGGUUCAAUCGGCAGCUCCACCCUGUCCUCUUCCUCCUCCUCCUCAUCUGCCAUCCCCCAGCCCAACUCCACCAGCAAGCCCUGGAGGAGCAAGUCUCUAAAUGCCAAGCACAGCGCCACAUCUUCCAUGUUCUCCGUCAAACAGGAUCCUCCCAAGCAGCAGCAGCCAUCCGCUCUGCUGGUCGAGGCCCCCCCAAAGGCCACCCCCAUUGCUCAAAAGUCCAUGUUGGAGAAGCUUAAGAUCUUCAACAGCAAAGGGGGCUCUAAAUCCUCCAGCGCGGGGAAUUCGACAGAUGGCAUGGUCACUACAUGUGAAGCAGCAGUAGAGAAGGUAGAAGCUGGCUCCAACACCGCGCCAUUGGAGGAGGCAGAGGGCAACGCACGGCCCUUGAACGGCUCGGUUGGCCUCACCAGCAGCCCCAAGAUUGCCCUGAAGGGCAUCGCCCAGCGCACCUUCAGCAGGGCUCUCACCACCAAGAAGAGCUCCCUGAAGGUGGCCGAGAAGGACAAGGACAAGCCCAGAGAGAAGGACAAAGCCAAGGAGAGCUCCAAGUGCACAUCCGUCAUUGAGAAGGCGGAGCCCAAGGAGGAGCCAAAGGAGGAGGCAGUGGCUGCCCCUGAGGCAGAGCCAAAGAAGACCUCCAAGAUUGCCAGCUUUAUUCCCAAGGGGGGCAAGGUCAGCAGUUCCAAAAAGGAGAGCUCAGUCCCAGCGCAUAGCAGCAUACCAAAGCCAGGGGCCAAGACUUCCGGCACAGGGAAGGCCUGUGGGGCGCCCUCUACUGGUAAGGAUGGGGAGAGGCCACGCAGUAUGCGGCUGGCCAGUGGGCUGUCGUUGUACAAGAGCCAGCUGGAGAACAGGAACUCAAGCUCUUCCUCCAGCCUGGCCUCCUCUGAGGGAAAGGCCCACAACAGCACAGCCCCCAUGGCCAGUACAGGUACAACACAGUCAACAGCCAGCAACACUGUUAGCGUUCAGCUACCUCAUCCUCAGCAGCAAUACAGCCACCCCAACACCGCCACUGUGGCCCCCUUUAUGUACAGGUCGCAGCCAGACACGGCGGGAACCGUGACAACCGAGGCAGGGACGGGUGGAGGAGGCGGAGACCCCUCCUUCCUCAGCAAGCCAGUGCAGACCUCCAUGGAGGACCUCACAGACGAGGACCCCGAGACCAGGCGACUGAGAACGGUUAAAAACAUCGCAGACCUCCGGCAGAAUCUGGAGGAGACCAUGUCCAGCCUCCGGGGGACCCAGAUCACGCACAGCACCCUGGAGACCACCUUUGACAGCAGCAUUACCACGGAGAUCAGCGGCCGUGGUGUCCUUGGCCUGACCCCGCGCCCGGCUCCACUCUCAUGGCGGCUAGGCCAGACCAGCCCUCGGCUGCAGGCAGGCGACGCCCCCUCCUCGGGGAACGGCUACCCCCCGCGGGCCAACGCCAGCCGCUUUGUCAGCUGCGAGAGUGGGCGCUUCCUGUACCCUGGCCCUCUGCGCCGGCAGCUGGCCGUCCGGAGCAGCGGCGUGGGCAUGGGCGGCGCCGACAUGGCUGACAAGGCAGAUGAGCUGGACCUGGAGGCCAUCAGUGUGGAUGCACCAGGGUACAUGAGUGACGGUGAUGUGUUGAGCAAGAAUGCGCGGGCCAGCGACAUCAUGAGCGGCUAUAUGACAGAUGGAGGACUGAACCUGUACACGCGCCGGCUCAACCGGCUUCCGGACAGCGUGGUGGCAGUACGAGAAGCCCUCCAGCACAAGGCCUCUGCCCGCCAGGGGGACGCUGACAGCUGGGAUGACAGCAGCUCCGUCAGCAGCGGGAUCAGUGACACCAUCGACACCGAUGACAUCAACACCAGCUCCUCCAUCAGCUCCUACGCCAACACACCCGCCACUGCCCGCAGGGGCGUAGACGGACAGCCCCAGACAGACGCUGAGAAGCACUCAACCGCGAAUUACAGCCUUGCGUGGUCCAGCGACGAGGUCAAGCGGUCGGACGGGGGCUCCGACAGCGGCAUCAGGAUGGAGCCUGCCUCCAAAUGGCGGCGCAACACCUCCGACAUGUCGGAUGAGUCGGACAAGAGCCCCUCAGGGUGCGCCAGCCCCGCUGUCUCCCAGACGGGCUCCUGGAGGCGCGGCAUGACGGCGCAGGUGGGCGUUACCACUCCCCGCACCAAGACGCCAGCAGUGACAGUCUCCGCCUCCCUCAAGACCCAUGGGACUGGUAAAACGGAUGAUGCCAAGGUGUCAGAGAAGGGGCGGCUCUCGCCGCGGUCCCACACCGUACAGCACUCCCCCUCGGACACAGGCCGCAGCAGUGGGGACGAGGCCAAAAAGCCCCCCUCCAGCACAGCGCGAACUCCCACCAACACCUUCGGCUUUAAAAAGCAGACGUGCGGGGUGACCCUGGUCACGGCCAGUGGAGCCACCAUCACCAGUGGCUCAGCCACCCUGGGCAAGGUCCCCAAGUCUUUGGGCCUGGCAGGGGGCCGCCCAGCAGGUCGCAAGGCUGGCGUGGAUGGCCAGCAGGCCCAGGAUGACGGUUACCUGCCCCUGAGCGCCCGUGCGAACCUGCAGUACCGCAGCCUGCCGCGGCCCAGCCGAGCUGGCUCUGGAAGCACCACCACCCGCAAUGGCAACCGCUCAUCCACCAGUAGCAUCGACUCCAACCUCAGUAGCAAGUCAGCAGGGCCGCCGGUGCCCAGAGCCCAUGAGUUGGCUAAGGCGGUCAGUGGGGGUGUUGCUGCCCUCCCCACAGCCAAUCAGACAGACCGGGAGAAGGGUGUGUGCUCAGAAACAGAGAGUGCAGCACCCUGCGGCUCCAUCAAGGCCAGCCCCACAUCCCAGAGCGGGGGAGGCUUCACGGCCCACAGUGGGAGGCAGCAGGGGAACAAGUACCCCGAUGUGUCCUCCCCAACCCUGCGCAGGUUGUUUGGAGGCAAGCCUGGGAAGCAGGCGCCGGUCACCACAGCAGAGAACAUGAAGAACUCCACCGUCAUCUCCAACCCCCAUGCCACCAUGGGCCAGCAGGGGGUGUUAGACUCAUCCUCGGGUGGUGCGGCGCCAAGCAGUGGUGGGAGCAGUCCGCUGUACGGCACACGGGUGGGUGGGCCGGGUGGGGCGGGUGAGCCAGCCCACUCUUCACUGGCCUCCAGCCCUGGCUCAGCCUAUUCCGCCCCCUCCAGUAGCCUGACCUGGGGCACCACGCUCAGCAGCUACUCAGCCCCCAGCAGGGACGGUCUGAGCCACCCAUCUGUCAGCAGCCUGCACACAAGCUGUGAGUCCAUCGACGUGUCGCUGGGCAGCGGCGGGCUGGGGCUCCACGGCAACAGCAAGGAGGACGCCCUGUCUGCUGUGGUCCGCACCGGCCUGUCCGACAGCCCCUUGUCUUCCCCGUCUGCUAGUCCUAAAUUCAGCCGAAAUACUUUACCCCGGAAACAGGACAGAGCCCUGUACCUUCAUAGAAAUACCCUGCCCAAGAGGGGACUCAGGUACGCUCCCUCUUCCCAGCUGCGCAGUCACGAGGAGGCCAGGGAUUGGCUGCGCUCCCACUCCGCAGGGGGCCUGCAGGACUCUGCCAGCAACUCACCCUUCUCCCCCGGGUCCAGCCUCACCUCACCCUGCGGGACCCGCUUCAACUUUGGUCAGCUCUCCAGCCCUACCACAGCUGCACAGAUCAACCUGGCCAGCCUGCGUGCCAACAGCAUGUCCAAUCAAGAAGCUCCCUACGACCCCUACACUGAGUCCCGCCUCCGCAACUCCUCCAUGUCCCUAGACGAGAAGUCCCGGACCAUGAGCCGGUCUGGCUCCUUUAAGGAUGGCUUUGAAGAAGUUCAUGGUUCUUCACUAUCUCUGGUGUCCAGUACCUCUUCCAUCUACUCAACGCCUGAAGAAAAGUCACAGUCAGAGAUCCGCAAGCUGCGCAGAGAGCUGGAUGCGUCACAGGAGAAGGUGUCUGCCCUGACCACGCAGCUAAGUGCUAAUGCUCACCUGGUGGCAGCCUUUGAGCAGAGCCUUGGGAACAUGACCAUCCGCCUGCAGAGCCUGACCAUGACCGCCGAGCAGAAGGACUCGGAGCUGAGCGAGCUGAGGAAGACCAUCGAGUUCCUGAAGAAGCAGAACGCCGUGGCACAGGCGGCCAUCAACGGUGUGAUCAACACCCCGGAGUUGACGUGCAAAGCUGCAGGAAACGGUGUCCCGCAGUCACAGCCAGACCUGCGCAUACGCAGGCAGCACUCCUCCGACAGCGUGUCCAGCGUUACCAGUGCCACCAGUCACUCCAGCGUGGGUAGCAACGUGGACCAGGAUGCCAAGAACAAGAAGAAGAAGAAGAACUGGACGGUGUCCUGCACAGGAGGGAAGGUGUAUGAGCUGCGGAGCUCCUUCAAGCAGGCGUUCAGCAAGAAGAAGUCCCCGAAGUCGGCGUCCUCACACUCCGACAUCGAGGAGAUGACUGACUCGUCCCUUCCCUCAUCCCCCAAGCUCCCCCACAACGGCUCGGCAGCAUCCACGCCUGUCAUGAGGACCUCCCAUUCCAACUCGCUGCUCUCUGAGUGCACUGACAGCGAGGCAGAGACUGUCAUGCAGCUGCGCAGUGAGCUCCGCGACAAGGAAAUGAAGCUGACUGACAUCCGUUUGGAGGCCCUCAGCUCCGCCCACCAGCUGGACCAGCUGCGGGAGGCCAUGAACCACAUGCAGUGUGAGAUCGAGAGGCUGAAGGCAGAGAAUGACCGUCUGAAGCUGGAGAGCCAGGGCUGGAGCAGCCGGGCAGCGUCACAGGCCUCUGUCUCCUCAUCACAGCACCUCUCUGUGGGACAGUCCCAGCAUAGCCUCAGCCUAUCCGAGUCUACCAGCCUCGAUAUGCUGCUGGAGAACAAUGGAGAAGGUGGCACACGCAAAGAGGGACGACACGUCAAAAUCAUGGUCAGCCUGGAGAAAGACAUCAAAUGCAGAGAGGAGUGUAGGCCUCGCCACUUCCUGAUAGGCUGCAUCGGAGUCAGUGGCAAAACCAAGUGGGAUGUCCUGGACGGGGUGGUCAGACGCCUUUUCAAGGAGUACAUCAUCCACGUGGACCCUGUUGGCCAGCUGGGCCUGAAUUCAGACAGCGUGGCGGGGUACAGCAUCGGGGACAUCCACCGCACGGGCGGGACUGAGACCCCCGAGCUGCUCCCCUGUGGCUACCUGGUUGGAGAGAACAACACCAUCUCCGUCACUCUGAAGGGUGUGUCAGAGCACAGCCAGGACAGCCUGGUGUUCGAGACACUGAUCCCCAAGCCCAUGCUUCAACGCUACGUGUCACUGCUGCAGGAGCACCGGCGCAUCAUCCUGUCAGGCCCCAGCGGCACCGGCAAGACCUACCUGGCCUGCCGGCUGGCCGAGUAUAUGGUGCUGUGCGAGGGCCAGGAGGUGGCCGACGGCGCCAUCGCCACCUUCAACGUGGACCACAAGUCCAGCAAGGAGCUGCGUCAGUACCUGUCCAACCUGGCUGACCAGUGCAACAGCGAGAGGCACGCCGUGGACAUGCCCCUGGUGGUCAUCCUGGAUAACUUGCACCAUGUCGGCUCGCUGGGGGAGAUCUUCAAUGGCCUGCUCAACUGCAAGUACCACCGCUGCCCCUAUAUCAUUGGCACAAUGAAUCAGGCAACAUCAUCAACUCCAAAUCUACAACUUCACCACAACUUCAGGUGGGUGCUGUGCGCCAAUCACACGGAGCCGGUGAAGGGCUUCCUGGGCCGCUUCUUGCGGCGGAAGCUGCUGGAGACAGAGAUCAACAGCCGCAUACGAAACAUGGAGCUGGUGAAGAUCAUCGAGUGGAUUCCACACGUUUGGCACCACCUCAACCGCUUCCUGGAGACCCACAGCUCCUCUGACGUCACCAUUGGGCCACGCCUCUUCCUGUCCUGCCCCAUUGAUGUGGACGGUUCCAGGGUGUGGUUCACAGACCUGUGGAACUACUCCAUCAUUCCUUACAUGCUGGAGGCUGUCCGGGAGGGGCUGCAGCUGUAUGGGAGAAGAGCACCCUGGGAGGACCCAGCCAAGUGGGUGAUGGAGACGUACCCUUGGGCGGCUAGCCCCCAGCAGCACGAGUGGCCCCCACUCCUGCAGCUGCGGCCCGAGGAUGUGGGCUUCGACGGCUUCUCCCUCUCCCGAGAGGGCUGCCACACCAAGCAGGUCCCACAGAGUGACACCGAGGGAGACCCCCUGAUGAACAUGCUCAUGAGACUCCAGGAAGCGGCCAACUGCUCCAGCCCCCAGAGCUAUGACAGCGAUUCCAAUAGCAACAGUCACCACGAUGACAUCUUGGACUCGUCAUUGGAGUCGACGCUGUGAAUGCCGUCCUCUCUAAAAAAGAAAAAAAAAUAGAUAAGAAAAUCGCCUGUAUGUUAGAGUGAGCAGUGAGAGCUGGCCAGUGUAACUGUUAGCAACAAUGGGUGCGGGAAACCCAUGGUUUUAAAACAGCAACUUUUGUAAAUGGAAAAAAAUGUGCACUAGUCUGUUUUUACAAAGUAUUUGUAAAAAUGUUUUUGUUAUCCCAGGUUUACCACGUCAUAUGUGUUAAGAGCUAAAUAACAUUUGGAAAUGUGGAGCUAAGCAUCAUACCUGUAUCAUUCAGCUGGAACCGUUGCCUAUGCUGCUGUGAACCAAACUGUCCCAGACCCCUGACAGCUUUUUUUGUAGUGCUCUCUUCUCACCUGCAGAGGGUGCUGCUGAGUAAGAUCUCUUGAAUCUGUUCCCUGUAAUAUACUGCUCCACCACUUGCCUUGGCUGUGCACCAUCCAGGCUUGUUGAGCAACCACACCUUUCCAAAGCUGACAGAGUUGUUUAGAGCCAAUAGGAGUUGCAGCAUGUGAUUCAGCCAGACAACUGAAGCUGUACAAGGUGUCAUAUUCAGAGCUUCAGAGAUUUUAUCUAUAUCAUUUGGUGACCCAUUUCAAUGUGUUAAUAAACAAACAAAAAAUGAACAAAAAAAAAAAACAAAAGCAAUUGAACUGGGAAGGCUGUCUGUUUCCUCAAGGGAGCAAUGGUUACAGUUUGGAAUCUAUGUUUUCAUCAUUUGUUUCAACAGAUUGAUCUGUUUGUCCAGUUCCAGUGGCUUUAAACUGGUCUUUCAAGCACAGUCACCAUUGGCAUUGCAUUGGUCAUGUGUCUUUACCUCGUAGGGACAUACAACAUCUGCAGCAGGGUAGCAUUGUCUUAUGCAUAGCUUAUUGCGUAUGCAUAGCUGCAGUUGCUGCAGAGUCCACAAGCUCAGGCAGCUUGACCAAUGUGCAUUCCCUCAAACUAGCAGCCCAAGCCUGGUGCUAAACUUGGUGCAAAAUAAUGCCUUACCACUUUUUUAAUAAUUAAGUUAACAUGUACUACCGUUGGUUUCAUAUUUUUGUACAUACUAUACAGGGCUGUGUUGUCACCCUCCUGGGACUCUGCUCUGGAAGAACUGAGAUGCUGAGAUGUUCUUAAUAUCAAAUGCCAUGUCAUUGGACGUGAAGUGGAGGCAGCCUUUCAGGAGCCAUAUCAGGCCUUCACAGCUAGCUGAGAGCGGGAGCUUUCCUGGAGUCUUGCACUUUUUCUCAAGUUUGCUUUGUCCCUAGUAGCAGCCUAGAAAAAAUGUGUAUCUCUGCCAAUCUGUGGGCGUGAGAAAAGGCUUGGACUGGUGCUCAGCUAGUGCUCCUGUUCACAAUGUACUGUACAGAUUUAAGAGCAAAUUUGGAAAGGAAGACUGCAUCAGUGUAGGUGUUGUAUGUAUACCUCAUGAGCCUUUGAACUUAAUGUUGUUGUCGUUUCCAUUUUUUGGGUGUUUGAAAGUUGUGACAGAAUGAUGAUGCUGCAUGAAAUGUGACACCUGACUCAUUUGCUGCUGUGUCUUUUAGGUAAGCAUGCUAUGUAAUGGGUGAGGGCAAAGAUGCUACUUCAUUUUUUUUCUUUUUUGAUUCUUCUCAUUUGGGUUUAAGAAAGAUUCUUAUUUCAAAGAAGUAGCGUUGAGAACCAAUCUCAAAUCCUGAUGUCUCUGUUGGGAAAGGUCAAGAGCAGCAAGAAAUGCUUUAACACAAAUGGUGUGUCUUGGAGUAUGCUCCGGAGAAUUGAUAGUGUGGCCACCCUUAUUCAGUGUGUGUGUGGCAUUCUCAACAUCACUUUUAUUGAGAAAAGUAAUGAUAUAUUUCCCUUUAGAGACCUGCACGAUGGUUUUAAAAUCUGUGUGUGUUGGGUUGAUGCCUGGCUUCAGUUGUAUCCCAUGCAGUUCUACCAUGAUCUGUCUGUUUCACCUGCUCAUUUUGAGUGUUCUGAGUUACCAAGUCUAUGCAAUAUUCAUUCUGAAUUUUCCGUGGAAGCCAAAUAGUUUCCUUGUGUUUUCAGUACUGCCAAGAACUGUACAGCAAGUACAUAGACAUGUGAAUAAUUCUGGGGUCUGUGUUUUAAUUAGCAUUUUUCUGUACAUUUUGGGAGAGUUUUGUUCGUUAUAGCCAAUGCAAGCACAUAAAAAUGUUUAGUUGUUUGUCUACUUGUGAAUUUUUUACCCCGCGUGAGGCUGGAUGCUGAGGUUUUACGGAAGGUUGUUGUUGAAUCUAGUUCUUUAAAUGUCAAACAGUCUGGUAAUGAAUGUGUAUUUUGCUAUGUACGUCUGUCUUUAUAACAUAAAAAAACUGUAAAUAUUUGACUACCAUGCUGCAUUUCGAUGAAUUUUUCUAGCCAUUUUUGAACUAAACUAGAAAAUUCGUAUUUUGCAUAUGCGCUGCAUUCAUCCACACAAGUCUUUCAGGUUUGUCAGUAUUGGUCAGUCACAUAUCACGUGGGUCCCUCAAGAAUAAAUUUGAUCACUGUACCAGUCUUAAAUUAUUUCAUC